UCAUUCGACUCGUUUUCCACAACCCGCAAGUCGGUCCUACUCUGCGUUGGCAGUAACCUGCUUGUUCGUUUGUACUCCACCUCUUCUCAUCACUUGUUACGCCAUUCCUCUCACAUGUCCCCCACUCUUUUCCAUCCUCUUCAACCUCUUCUCUCUCCAUCUCUUCUUCUUCUUCAUCUCUUUCUUUUUCUCUCCCUCUCAUUUGGUCUUUCUUUCUCUUGCCGUCUCUGCUCAACUCUGCUCGUUCUCCCCUUCUCCCUUUCUGGCUGCCUCGCCCGUUGCCAGGCUCCGAGAACCACAUAUGGACCUUUGCAGUUGACCCGCUGGACGCGGCAACUGCGGCUGGCGCUUGACAAGCCUCCCGGCGUCACUUUCCUCCUGUCACAUGUCACAUGUCGCAUGUCACAUGCCACAUGUCGCCGCUGCUCGUCGGCACUUGGUCCAUCCACCUUCCGGCGACACGAGCUCUCUGCUGCCGUGGCUGUGACCACAAAGCCGCCAAACACACGCAACUGCAGCCGGAUUGAGAUGCUGCCCAACAUCGCCGCUUCUUAG